AUCAGGAUAGUUUGAACUUUCUAAGAUCACUGAUAGGGUAAUGAAACAUUAACCCCUCCCUGUGCUGAAGACUAAAAGACCUUCAGUUCCAUUUCCUGCUGCAGGAUACAAGCAUGGCUUCUGCUGGUCUGAGACAGGAGCUGACCUGCACCAUCUGCCUGAGUAUUUAUACAGAUCCUGUAUCUCUGAGAUGUGGCCAUAACUUCUGCCUGGGCUGUAUUGAGAAUGUGAUGUGUACCCAGGAGGGGUCUGGGCUUUAUACCUGUCCUAUGUGCAGAAAGAGAUUCAGUAACAGACCUGGGCUGCAGAGGAACCGGAAGCUACGUAAUAUAGUAGAAUGUUUCAACUCUAAUCAAGGGAUAGACUCUAGAAUCUACUGUACCUAUUGUUUUAACUCUCCUGUACCUGCUACUAAGUCCUGUCUGCUGUGUGAGGCAUCAUUUUGUGAUUUCCACCUGAGGGAACACAGCAAGUCUGAGGAACACGUCCUAACUGAACCCACCACUUCCUGGAGAAACAAAAAAUGCUCUAAACACAAGAAGCUGCUGGAGUUUUACUGCAUUAAGGAUGCUGCCUGUAUCUGUGUGACCUGCUCUGUGGCCGGAGAGCACAGGGGACACCAGAAGGAGCCGCUGAAUGAGGCUUAUGAGAAGAAGAAAAAGAGACUGAGAGAUGUUCUGCAGAAACUGACCACAAAGAGAGAGGAGGCUAAGAAAAGAGUCCAGAGUCUGCAAGAGCACAGGAGAGGAAUGCCAGAGAAAGCCGCUGGUGUAACAGGGCGAAUCACUACCCAGAUUCGGAAUAUCAGGGAAAAACUGGAUAAGCUAGAGAAGAAAGUCCUGAGUGACAUCACCCGGCAGCAGGAGCAGGCUUUACUCACAAUCUCUAAAGUGAUCCAGCAGCUGGAAAAAGAGAAUAACCAGCUGACCAGGAAGAUUUGUCACGUUGAGGAGCUGUGCAGCAUGACUGACCCAUUUACUGUCCUACAAGAACGGGAAUCAAACAGAGCUGACUUUUGUGGUGCUGAGAAGGUCCCUGCUGGGGAGGAUUUGGAUGAGGGUCUGAUCUCAGUGUCCUUAUACACAGGUUUAGCUGAUAUUAUGCAUGAUGUAAAGAGCCAGCUGUAUAUGCAGGUGCCAUCAGACAUAUUACUGGAUAUAAACACAGCUCAUAAUAAUGUUAUUGUGUCAGAUGACCUGAAAACAGUAUCCUACUCACGUAUAAACCAGCAGCGAGCAGAAACACCAGAGAGAUUUACAGAUACUCCUCAGGUAUUAAGCACCAGGAGCUUUUCCUCAGGACGACAUUACUGGGAAGUGGAGUUCGUUGAAUAUGCCCACUGGUUUGUCGGGGUCUGUUAUGCCAGUAUGGAGAGGGGAGGAGAUCAUUCCUUAAUCGGAAAGAAUAACAAGUCCUGGAGUUUGUGUAAAAUUGGUAAAUAUCUUUCAGUGAAACAUAACUCAAUACGCACAAAAUUACGUCACUGCAUCUCAUUUAACGGAAUAGGAAUACUACUGGACUAUAAGGCUGGGCGCCUGACCUUUUAUGAGCUUUGUGACCCAAUCAAACACUUAUACACCUUCACUACCACCUUCACUGAGCCUCUUCAUGCUGCAUUCUGGCUCAACCGCAAUCGGUCACAUUUAGGGGUGGUGAUGAUCAUGAGAUGUAACAAACACAAAAGCGGCGUUCCAAGCAACUACCAGGGGCCCGGCAAAGGAACCGGAAGUGACGCCGGUCUGUAAAAAAUCUUCCCAUAGAGAUCCAACGGAGUGCCGUAGCAGUGGCGAAACCCAGCCACUAUGUACAAACAGGAACAGAGAG